AUGCUUGGCGAGGAAGUUUUCGCGAAUCCGUUGCAACCGGAGACAUCAGAAGUCGAAAUCUCGUUGAACGAUGAGAAAGAAGACGUCGAUGAGACGUUCCGUACCGCCCGUACCAAUAUUACGGGCGACACGUUGCAAAAUGAGGGGGCGGAGCCUCCUGUUGUAGAAGACACGUCAUCGAGUAGCAACGUGGCAGCAGAAGAGACGUACUCGUCGUUGAUCGAGAAUCGGAAUCAUCGAACCGAGGAAAUCAACAUCGAUAUGGACUCGGCCGACUCGAUUUUUGUGGAUAUCUCGGAUGCGUUGAGUGAGAGGGAUAAGGUCAAAUACACAGUUCACACUCGAACCCGCCUCCAAGACAUGCGUCCAGAGACUGCGGUGGUUCGAGAGCACGAAGAAUUCCUGUGGCUCCACGGAACACUCGAAGAGAACGAAGCUUAUGCUGGAUUCAUUAUUCCUCCUGCACCUCCAAAACCGAAUUUCGACUCGUCUCGUGAGAAAUUGCAAAAACUCGGAGAAGGCGAGGCGACGAUGACGAAAGAGGAGUUUUUGAAGAUGAAACAUGAUCUGGAACAAGACUAUUUGGCACAAUUCAAGAAGACUGUCGCAAUGCAUGAGGUGUUCUUGCAGAGAGUCGCCGCUCAUCCCGUAUUCAAGAACGAUCAGAAUUUCAGAAUCUUUUUGCAGUAUGAGAAUGAGCUCUCCGUGCGUGGAAAAAACAAGAAGGAGCAAGUCGAAUCGUUCUGGAAGCGAUUCACUCAAUCCGCCGACGAAGUUCUUCUCUCCGGUCAAAAAGAUGUCGACGAGUUUUUUGAAAAGGAGAAAAACUAUAUGGUUGAAUACAAUAUUCAUAUCAAGGAGGCCGCUGCGAAAGCCGAGAAAUUGAAUGCGGCGAGGAAGAACGUCGUCGUGUCGUUCUCGAAGAUUGGCGACUGUUUCGAACGGAUUGCUCGCGGAGAGCCGAAUAAGCAGCUGGCGAGAACGUUUGCUCAGGGAGCCGAUGCGAUGAUGAAGCUGAAAAAGGUUGAAUCUCGUGCAUCGAACGACGAAGAGCUGAAAUUGAGUGACACUUUGAAUUAUUUCACUCGUGACACCCAGGCGGCCAAAGACCUUUUGUAUCGACGAAUGAGAUGUCUGGCGAACUACGAGGCGGCGAACAAGAAUUUGGAGAGGGCGAGAGCCAAGAAUCGAGAGAUUCAGAAGGCAGAAGCAGAACAAGCGGAAGCGUGUAAAAAGUUUGAAGAGAUCACCGGAUUGGCGAAGACGGAGCUGAAAGAUCUGAAAGUGAGACGAGUUCAGGCGUUCAAGAAGAAUUUGAUCGAUUUGGCCGAGUUGGAGAAGAAACACACGAAGGUUCGACAGGGAAAUAUGAUUUACGGCUUGAAAAUCAAGUUUUUAGAGCUCAAAAACUCAAUUUUGAGGGGAAAAUCAUGA